UACAUUACAGUAACCUCCAGAUCCAUCAAAUCAAACAAAAAACGCUGGAUGCCCGAGCAUUUUCUCGAAAAUUCUGCUCGCGUAUAGUAAAUUGCAGAGUAAAUGUUGGCAUUGUUUAUAAACCCUGUAGAAAUCGCUGACUGAAAGAUUCUAGAACAGUUCUUGACAGUGAACUUAGUUACUUUGACAUUAAUAUAACUUUUGCAUCGAAUUACCGAGCUCCAAAUUUCACUUGCGAAUUUGUUUUUGAUCCUAGUAUCCAGAGAUUCAAAAUGGUCAGUCGAUUUCUACGUGAUGCUUACGACCCCUUCGAUUACCUCGUAGCACCUCGUCUUGGUUUGGGCUUACUCGAUGAUUAUUUUGAGCCAUCCCAUAUUCACUUAAAUAUAGUUUCACCCCGUCCACAAACCAGAUCUCCUUUGUCUGAAGGUAGCAGCGACUGCAACCAAUUUAAAGUGAUGUUAAACGUCAAGCAAUUCCGACCUGAUGAAAUAGACGUCAAGACAGUUGACAACUUCAUUGUAAUUCAUGGAAAUCACGAACAGAGAGCUGAUGAACAUGGGUUCAUAACUAGAGAAUUCACUAGACGUUACAAGCUUCCAGAUGAUGUUGAGUCUGAUAAAGUCACUUCAUUUUUAAGCCAGGACGGUGUUCUAACUAUUCAAGCUCCCAGGAAGCAGAUAGAGCCUCCUAAAAAUGAACGAGUAGUUCCUAUAAUUAUUCAGCAACCAGCUGCUGUGGAAGAGGCGCAAAAGCAGCAACACAUUCAAGAUCAAGUUCUUGAGGAACAAAAACAGUGACUGAUUUAGACAUUUUUGAACUGUUUUCUUGUAUAAUUUGUUCAUGAUUCUAACUAGUUUCUGUGAUAUCAUCAAAUGUGCUCAUUCCGCCUGUGAAAGUAAUAAUUGUUGGAUUAAUUUGUUUUGUAAUAAAUCAUUUAGUAAGUA